CUUCGCGCCCCGCGGGCGCGGCCGUUUGCGGGCUCCCGGCGGCGCGGCGAAUCUGCCGCUGCGAAUCGCGCGCUGGGCGGCGCGGGGCGGCGCGGGCGGCGCGGGCGGGCGGGGGCGCUCGGUCGCCCGGCAUGGCGGGCCGCGUGUGCCGCGCGUGCGGCGGCACGGACAUCGAGCUGGACGCGGCGCGCGGCGACGCCGUGUGCACCGGCUGCGGCUCGGUGCUCGAGGACAACAUCAUCGUGUCCGAGGUGCAGUUCGUGGAGAACAGCGGCGGCGGCUCCUCGGCCGUGGGCCAGUUCGUGUCUCUGGACGGUGCUGGCAAAACCCCGACCCUGGGUGGCGGCUUCCAUGUGAACCUGGGCAAGGAGUCAAGAGCACAGACCCUACAGAACGGGAAGCGCCAGAUCCACCACCUGGGGACGCAGCUGCAGCUCAACCAGCACUGCCUGGACACGGCCUUCAACUUCUUCAAGAUGGCGGUGGGCAAGCGCCUGACGCGCGGGCGGAAGGCGGCGCACGUGAUCGCCGCCUGCCUCUACCUGGUGUGCCGCACGGAGGGCACGCCCCACAUGCUCCUGGACCUCAGCGACCUGCUGCAGGUGAACGUUUAUGUGCUGGGGAAGACGUUCCUUCUUCUGGCAAGAGAACUGUGCAUCAACGCACCAGCCAUAGACCCCUGCCUGUACAUCCCACGCUUCGCCCACCUGCUGGAGUUCGGGGAGAAGAACCACGAGGUGUCCAUGACAGCCCUGCGGCUCCUGCAGAGGAUGAAGCGGGACUGGAUGCACACGGGCCGGCGCCCCUCCGGGCUCUGCGGGGCAGCGCUCCUGGUUGCAGCGAGGAUGCAUGACUUCCGGAGGACGGUCAGAGAGGUCAUCAGUGUGGUCAAGGUGUGCGAGUCCACGCUGAGGAAGAGGCUUACUGAGUUUGAAGACACCCCCACCAGUCAGCUGACCAUUGACGAAUUCAUGAAGAUCGACCUGGAGGAGGAGUGCGACCCCCCUUCCUACACGGCUGGGCAGAGGCAGCUGCGGAUGAAGCAGCUCGAGCAAGUCCUUUCGAAGAAGCUGGAGGAGGUGGAAGGUGAAAUAUCCAGUUACCAAGAUGCGAUUGAGAUUGAGCUGGAGAACAGCCGGCCCAAGGCCAAGGGGGCGCUCGCCAGCCUGGCGAAGGACGGGUCAGCCGAGGAUGGCACGUCCAGCCUGCUGGGUGAGGACGACACCGAAGAUGAGGAGCUGGAGGCCGCCGCCAGCCAUCUCAACAAGAACUUCUACCGGGAGCUCCUUGGAGGCCCAGCAGGCAGCUCGGGGGCGGCAGGAGGCACCGAGGGGGGCAGCAGACCCCCCGCCCUGGAGUCCCUGCUUGGGCCCCUACCCACAGCCGCCAGCCUGGGCAUCUCAGAUCCCAUCCGCGAGUGCAUCUCCUCCCAGAGCCAGGAGCCCAAGGACGCCUCAGAAGAUGGUGAGCUGGAUCUCAGCGGCAUUGACGACCUUGAAAUCGACAAGUACAUCCUCAGCGAGUCGGAAGCCCGCGUGAAGGCCGAGCUGUGGAUGCGGGAGAACGCCGAGUACCUGCGGGAGCAGCGGGAAAAAGAGGCGCGCAUAGCCAGGGAGAAGGAGCUGGGCAUCUACAAGGAGCACAAGCCAAAGAAAUCUUGCAAGAAACGGGAACCAAUUCAGGCCAGCACGGCUGGGGAGGCCAUCGAGAAGAUGUUGGAGCAAAAGAAGAUCUCCAACAAGAUCAACUACAAUGUGCUGCGGGACCUGAACAGCACGGGGGCGGCCGGCCCGCAGAGGGAGGAUGCCCAGCCAGAGCAGGGGGCCAGCGCCAGGAGGCCAGCGCGCAGGAGAACGCCGGCCAGCAGGGCCCCAGCCGACUCCGUGGACGGCGCGGGCAAGAGGUGCUGUGGCCUCGGGUCUGGGGAGCCGCCGGGGCUGGCUGCAGGUCGUCGCAGGGCGGGAGUCGGCACCUGCCGGAAGGGGCAGGGCAGUGCGCCCCUCGUCCCAGGGCGAGUUAGCAGUACAGCGGGCACUCGGCACAGCCCCACAUCGACACCCACUCCCGUGCCCGCACGGUCCGCCCGGCAGCUGGCCAGGCAGGGCCUUCUCCCUGGCCGCAGGCACACGCCAGGGCGGCUCAGCACAGAGAGCACCGCCGGCCCGAAGGUUUCCAGGUCUGGCCGGGCUGUGCCCAUGCUCAGUGGUCCAUGGGGCGAGGCCGGCUCUGAGGAGCGCUGCUGGGGGCCCUGUGUGCCCACUUCCCGUUUUCACGGCUGCACCAGCUUUUGGCCGACAUCAGAGAAGUGA